AAAAAAUAGAGAGAGAGAAAAAUGACAGUAGAAGAGGUAGGAGAUGAUUACACAAAAGAUGGAACUGUUGAUCUUCGAGGCAAUCCUGUUCGAAGAUCCAUAAGAGGUCGUUGGAAAGCUUGCUCCUUCGUCGUUGUGUACGAGGUAUUCGAACGGAUGGCUUAUUACGGGAUAUCAAGCAACCUAGUGAUCUACAUGACUACCAAAUUGCACCAAGGAACGGUCAAGUCGUCGAACAAUGUGACUAAUUGGGUCGGGACUAGCUGGCUCACUCCAAUCUUGGGUGCUUACGUCGCAGAUGCUCAUCUCGGCCGCUACAUUACUUUUGUCAUCUCUUGUGCUAUCUAUUUUUCGGGGAUGGUGGUGCUAACGUUAUCAGUAUCUAUACCGGGAAUCAAACCACCCGAAUGUUCAGCUGCUAAUGGGGAAAACUGCAAAAAUGCUUCGGUUUUACAAUUAGCGGUUUUCUUUGGAGCGUUAUACACGUUAGCGAUCGGUACAGGCGGCACAAAGCCGAACAUAUCAACAAUAGGAGCCGAUCAGUUCGACGAGUUUGAUCCAAAGGAGAAGACUCACAAACUAUCAUUCUUCAACUGGUGGAUGUUUAGUAUCUUCUUUGGUACACUCUUUGCCAACACUGUUCUUGUCUAUGUUCAAGAUAACGUGGGCUGGGCUUUAGGUUAUGGGCUUCCAACAAUAGGCCUUGCUAUUUCGAUAUCUAUUUUCUUGAUGGGCACUCCGUUUUACCGCCACAAACUCCCAACGGGAAGUCCUUUCACGAAGAUGGCUCGAGUCAUUGUGGCUUCAAUCCGUAAAGCCAAGGUGCCGAUGGCGCGUGGCCUCACGUGCUUCCACGAGCUGCCUUCAAUGGAAUAUGAACGGAAAGGCGCCUUUCCGAUUCAGGCCACUCCAAGUCUACGGUUUUUAGACAAGGCUUCACUCAAAACAGGAACAACCCAUAAGUGGAAUCUAUGUACUAUCACAGAAGUCGAAGAAACAAAACAAAUGCUGAGAAUGUUACCGGUUCUGUUCAUAACUUUCGUCCCAAGUAUGAUGAUCGCUCAAGUCAACACUUUGUUUGUCAAACAAGGAACCACUUUAGACAGAAAAGUCACCGGAAAUUUCAGCAUCCCACCAGCGAGUCUCGGCGGAUUUGUCACACUCUCGAUGCUCAUCUCCAUAGUCCUAUACGAUCGAGUCUUUGUCAAGAUAACCCGAAAAUUCACUGGAAAUCCAAGAGGCGUUACUUUGCUUCAACGAAUGGGAAUUGGUCUUAUCUUUCACAUCCUCAUCAUGAUCGUUGCAUCUGUCACCGAAAGGUAUAGACUCAAAGUCGCUGCUGAUCAUGGACUCAUCCACCAAACUGGAGUAAAACUACCCUUGACGAUCUUUGCGUUGCUUCCUCAAUUCGUGUUAAUGGGUAUGGCUGAUUCGUUCUUAGAAGUUGCAAAGCUCGAGUUUUUCUACGACCAAGCCCCUGAGAGCAUGAAAAGUCUCGGGACAUCGUAUUCCACAACGAGUUUAGCGGUUGGGAAUUUCAUGAGCAGUUUCUUGUUGUCUACGGUUUCUGAGAUAACGAAGAAACGAGGAAAUGGAUGGAUUUUGAACAAUCUUAAUGAGUCUAGGCUGGAUUAUUACUACUUGUUCUUUGCGGUUCUUAAUUUAGUUAACUUCGUCUUGUUCUUAGUCGUGGUUAGGUUUUAUGUUUAUAGAGCUGAGGUUACCGACUCAUCUGUGGAUGUGAAAGAAGAGGAAAUGAAGGUAAUGAAUGUCAAAGACAAUGAAUAGUCUAGAAACAGUG